GGUUAAUUGGGGAAGAAGAAAACACUUCUUCUAUAUUCAUCUGUUCUUGGCUUCGAAGCACAGCUCUCUCCUCUCGACUUGUACUAUCUGUUUCCCCUUCGUCUUCGUCGUCCAGAUUGUAAGAAUGACUCAAUCAUCCGUAGAUGUACCGGCAAAGGGAGGGUUCAGCUUCGAUCUGUGCAAGCGUAACAACAUGCUUAUCGAAAAGGGUCUUAAAGCUCCUUCCUUUUUGAAGACCGGUACUACCAUCGUCGGUUUGAUCUUCAAGGAUGGUGUGAUACUAGGCGCUGAUACACGAGCAACUGAGGGACCUAUCGUUGCUGAUAAGAACUGCGAGAAGAUUCACUACAUGGCUCCUAACAUAUACUGCUGUGGUGCUGGAACCGCUGCUGACACUGAAGCUGUUACUGAUAUGGUCAGCUCACAGCUGAGGUUGCAUCGUUACCAGACUGGCCGAGACUCUCGUGUCAUCACUGCCUUGACCCUUCUCAAAAAACACCUUUUCAGCUAUCAAGGUCAUGUCUCAGCUGCUCUUGUCCUUGGUGGAGUGGAUAUCACCGGUCCUCAUCUGCAUACCAUAUACCCACACGGUUCAACUGACACUCUACCAUUCGCAACAAUGGGUUCUGGUUCUCUUGCUGCUAUGUCUGUCUUUGAGGCAAAGUAUAAAGAAGGUCUAACUAGAGAUGAAGGAAUCAAGCUGGUCGCUGAAGCCAUAUGCUCGGGAAUAUUUAACGACCUGGGUAGUGGUAGCAACGUGGACAUCUGCGUGAUCACAAAGGGUAACAAGGAAUAUCUCAGGAACUACAUGGAGCCAAACCCAAGAACCUAUGUCAGCAGCAAAGGCUAUUCAUUCACCAAGAAAACCGAGAUUCUUCGCACGAAAAUCACCCCAUUGAUGGAGCGAGUUGAGAUUACAGAAGUGGGUGAAGCUAUGGAAGAAUGAAUGGAUCUCUCUCAAGUCUCUUUGCUUUUGCAUUCAUCUUUACCAAGAUCAAAACUUAGUGUGCGUGAAACAUAUUAGUCUCGUCUUUCUUUACCAAUGUGAAGGAUUAUUCCGAAUCUUUUCUUUUACCAAUCUUAAAGGAUAUCAACGGAAUUAGACUUCGAAAUUUCUUUGUUUGGAAUCUUAUGGAACGAAUUUUAUCAAAGUUACUCGUUUAACA